AGUUGAUCCGUCACAUAGUAGCCCCUUCCUCACAUCCACUUCCUCGAGGAAGAGGUCCGUUGUGUGGUCGAAAGCGAAGAUAUCAACCCUCUCAUCACCUCUCAUCAUCUUCCUUCCUUCUCCCUUGGACAAGAAAGCAAAAGAUGUGAACCGAUGCUCCUUAACGUUUUUCUUCUUGCAAAAGAGAGCCCAAUCCAGUGAAGAGCAGUGCUGCAAACCUUACUUUUUGAUGGAUUUUGGACGAAAAGUGUAAAAAAGCGGACAACACGUCUGAAGCAUUACAACUUGGAGGUUGUUAUGAUUGAACGCAUUUUUGGAAUAUACUUUGGGAAGCGCACGUUUGCAUGAAACGCCACUUUUCACUGGAACUGCAUUUUGGCAUGUUUGGAAUACCACGGAGAGAAUUGAAGACUAUUCUUACAACACAUUGCUCAAUUUAUUGACAGUAAAUUAUUAGUUUAUUGAGGGGGCAAGUGAGGACGUCAUGAUAAUAAUUGCACAUGGUGAAUAAUGGACACAAAGUUCUAUAUUGCCAAUAUCCCGUAUGGUCAUUCAUUUGCGUUUUUUUAUGCGUACACCUCACACUGAAUGCAAUUUGGAUGCGUAAAGGUGGAUCGACUGCUCCAGAGUAAUGCGCGGACACAGACGGACCGACCGGUGUCCGUGUCAUAUUCAAGGGAAGAUUGCAUGAGACGUCAUUAACGCAUAUUUUGAAUCCAGAAAGUUCGGUCAGAGGUCUUGAGUGUCUCUUCUGUCAGAGAAAUUCGAGGGGACGCGAUCUCCUGGAAGGAGAAACGUUUGGCUGCAGCUGUGAAAAGAGGGGAGAGGCUGGAUUAUUUGAGAAGUGUGUUUGUCCCUAGCAUUGGCGUCAUUCUGGACUUUUAGGUCCCUAUGGAGAGGAGAGAAAUGAAGACUUCACUCUUUCUCCUUCUCAUCCUCGCGCUGCUUGCCUCAGGAAAUGGUGAUGAUGUCAAGUACAUCUCCAAGAGGAACUCUGUUGAUGGGUGCAUCGACUGGUCAGUGGAUCUCAAGGAGUACCACGUUCUGGCCGGUGAGCCAGUAAGGGUGAAAUGUGCCUUGUUCUACAGCUAUAUUCGGACCAACUACACCAUGGCCACCAAUGCCAAACUGCGCCUCAUCUGGUACAAGAACAAAGGAGACGCUGAGGAACCCAUCAUCUUCUCGGGGCAUAGACUGAGUAAAGAAGAUGACUCCAUCUGGUUUAGGUCUGCUGAAAUGGAGGACAAUGGUUUCUACACUUGUGUACUAAGGAACUCAACUUACUGCAUGAAGGUGUCAAUGUCCAUGACUGUUGAGGAGAGCGAUGAGGGGAAAUGCUUCAGCAGCAACAUUCGCUAUCUGGAGAAAGCAGAGAUUACCCACAGCAAAAUGAUUACCUGUCGUGAUAUAGAUGACUAUUUGGCUCCAUACAAACAACCUCAUAUGACCUGGUACAAGGAAUGCGAGCGGGUUGAAUGGAGAAGCUCAAUUAUCAUCAACAAUACUCACAUUUGGAUUCCUAAAGUGGAAGAGGAGGAUGGGGGUAAUUACACCUGUGAGUUGCAGUAUGGAUCCAGACUGGUGCGGAGGACAACACAACUCAAAGUCACUGCUCUCCAGACCACCCAGCCACCUAAAGUCCUAUUCCCUCCAGAGAGACAAGAUACAGUGAUAGAGAUCACACCCGGCAUGCCUCUCAGUCUGGACUGCAAGGCAUUUUUUGGGUACAGUGGAGAAAACAGGAGACCUAUAAUCUAUUGGAUGAAAGGAGAGAAGUUUGUUGAAGAACUUGCUGGACAUAUUAAAGAAAGUGACGUCAGGAUUUUAAGGGAGCAUUUGGGGGAAAAGGAAGUGCAACUGUCCUUAACUUUUGAUGCUCUCGAGGAGACUGACCUGGCUAAUUACACCUGCUACGUGGAGAACCACAUAGGGCGGCGCCGCGGGAGUGCUAUACUACAGAAGAAAGAUAUGUAUCGUUUGGAGUUGGCUGGUGGUCUGGGUGUUAUAUUGCUGCUGCUGGGAGUCCUAACGGCACUUUAUAAAUGUUACAACCUGGAAAUUAUGCUGUGCUACAGGAGGCAUUUUGGCAGUGAUGAAACUGAAGAUGAUAAUAAAGAAUAUGACGCCUAUCUGUCUUACACUAAAGUGGAUCUGGACUCUCUGGGCAGAACAAGCAGCGAUGAGGAAACUUUUGCUUUGGAGAUCUUGCCUGAUGUUUUGGAGAAACACUAUGGAUACAAACUGUUUCUGCCAGACAGGGACCUCAUUCCGAGUAGCACAUACAUUGAGGACUUAGCUCGCAGUGUGCUACAGAGUAGACGUUUGAUCAUCGUUUUGACACCAGAGUUUGUGGCCAAGAGAGGUUGGAGUAUCUUUCAGAUAGAAACGCGCCUUCACUCCAUGCUGGUGACUGGGGAAAUCAAGGUCAUCAUGAUAGAAUGUGCAGAUCUGAAGAGUGUCAUCAACUAUCAAGAGGUGGAAGCACUUAAACACACAAUAAAGGUUUUAUCCAUCAUCAAAUGGAGGGGUCCAAAGAGCAAUGAAUUAUCGUCAAAGUUUUGGAAACAGGUGGUCUACGAGAUGCCUGCUAAACGAAGAGAAACAUUGUCUCGACGACAGGUGAUGGACUCGGGUGAGCAAGGCCUCUUUGGAGACCUACAGACAUCCGUCUCUACCAUUGCCAUGACAACCACCUCAGCAUCUCUGGUUCCUCCUAAUGAGAAUCGGCAUGGACAUCAGCAGGUUUCCUUGGCAACAGAGAUCCCCGACUACAACCAGAUGACCUUGCCUCUCGGAGGGGGUCACAUGGCUACAGCAGCCCAAAUGAGGCAUUUCUGCCGUAGCUACGAGUUUCAUCUUCCCCCACAGCCUCCCGCCCUGUCGCCUCCCCUCCCACCUCCAUCCACCAUGCAGUUCUCCACUCUGGGCCCCGGGGGGCGCCAUGUAUACUGCAACAUACCCAUGACACUUCUGAAUGGACAGGGGUUCAGGGCAGUUGACUGGGGAAGAAGAGGUUUCUCAGAGCAGCACACUUGGAAAGAAGCCCGAUCUUCACCUGAACAGCACCUUUGUCCCACUCACCAGCAGAGAACUAAGCUCUGAUAUCUGGUAGAAACAUUGUUGACACUGGAUUAAAGACUCUUGGUUUACAAAGAAAUUCUCUGACUUGGGACCUGGGUUUAUGGACCUUGUACGUGUGUGUUUUGGGGUCUUAUCAUCCCACAUUGUGAACAAAAACUGCUGUAAAACUCUAAAACGUGGACCAGACAAGAUUUUGACUGCUCAUAGACCAACACAGAUUACUAAACUGAUUGUAUAUUUGUAUUGAGCCUACCAUUGAAUUACAGACUGAUAUACAGUUUCAAUGGUGAGUAAGAUUUUAAAGGACUCCUGUGCUUGCAAUACAGGUACAGUAUAUGUGCUACUGAAGAUUGCUGGUCUGAUCAGAAGCAUGGACAUGUUGGAUUUGUUGAUGUUUUGAUCUUGAUGUCUUUGAAAAAGGUACAAGAUAUUUAAAAAAAAAAAAAAAAAGAUCGUGGGUCAUGGGGAUGUAUUAAUUGUAUUAGGGCCACACUGAAAUGAACAAAACUACACAAUUAGUUCUAUUUUUAUGAGUGACUGUUUAAAUUCCCACUUAAACCAAAUGUUUGUCGUUGUUUUCCAAUAGAACAGAAAGUACAACAUGUAAGCUUGCAAUACUACUGCUGAACUAGAAUACUCAUAAGCAUUUUUCUCUUCUUUUUGACUAUUCUUUUUUCAGUGUAGACCUAAUACUCCUUUCUAGUGGACAUCUUGUGUUUUUUCAGUACCUUACCAAUUUGGAAAGUGUGGUUGUUCAUAGGAAAUCCAUGUCCCGUACAGUCAGGUCAUAAAAUGAUCUCUAUAAUCCUGGGACACAAUUAAAUCCUACUACCUCAUUCACUACCAAACAUGUCACAAGACAUCCCCUUUUUUUAAGCGCCAAAGAAUAUUAUUUUCUAUGGCUACAUGAACACAGAAUUUACAAACAGAAAGAUUAGAUUCCCAUCGUUCAUCAUUUUCAGUCUUUAGUUAUGAGCUGCUGAACAUCAUAACAUUGUUAUACGUGUUUGGUAAUGAAUGAGUUAAUAGAAUAACUUGAUAUGCUGGUCAUCAGACUCUAACAUUGCAUACUUCUACACAAAAGACUUCCAUUUACAAAAUCAAGAAGCAAAUUAUGUCUGCAACUAUAAAGCUAAACUUGAAAGCAUAUGAACAACAUCCAUAUUAGCUGUUUGUUGACAAAAGAGGAUAGCAAUGCAAAAGAGGGGCUAAUUCAGUGCUCUGAUACUUGAGCUGAUGGAGAUGAACUGGAAAACCUUAACCCCAAAUCUGCAGGCAUAAACGACAUGGAUUUUUCUAUUUGCAUGGUCACCCAUUUAGAUGAAAUAAAUAAAAGAUUUUUUUUUAAAAAACAAACAAAAAAAAAACAAUAGGUAGACUAAAUGACACAAUUGUUUGUCCAAGGCUCUUUUAACCGAUCUUUACCAGUUAAGGUCAUGAAUGGGGGGGUUCUCCUAAAUGUACUGAUUUUUAUUAUUUAUUUUGUUUGACUUUGUUGACAGUUUUAUUCCUCUUUAACUUUGGUGAGAGUUUUACCUGGUUUAGUUCUAAAUGUUGGUUUGUUACAAUAUUCUGUACAGCUUCAAUAACGUGCACAUAUAUCUAUUACAAGAGCUCUUUCUUCCCUACAGUUUGUCGUUUUAUUUCUCUAAGAUGGACCACUAACAGGCAACAGGGAGCACCACGGCAUUGUUCUUUGUCAGCUUUAAGAAAGAAUUAUUCUUACCAGGAUAUUUAAGCAAAGAUGACCUGUUUUGAAUUUAUGCAAAAGUUCUGUCAAUGUAUUUACAAUAAUAGAACCAAUGAAUUCUGGAUAUUUGAGAUUAUUUGAUACAAUGAUUAAUUAUCAAUGACUUGUUUUAUCAAAUUGCAAUAUGAAGUCUAGUGGUUGUCUUAUGAUUUAAGAUAAUUUUGUUGAAUAUUCUUUGGAUAUAUUGGUUGGAAUAAUUUAAACGAGAAUAAAAGUCACAUGAGUUGUUUUCUAUAUUGUGGAUAAGUCCUCCUAUCAUAAUAAUCUUUCAGCUUCUCUUCAUCGCCAUCCUCUUCGAUUGUUGACUAUUUUCUAUCUUCUGCUCUCUUCCUGUUGUCCUUGUCUCUUAUUCACCAUUUGCUUGAGCCAAAAAUAAUACUCCUGGGUUAGAGUGGUGCUAGGUACAGGAGCCGGAUGACUGCCUUUUCGUAUUUAAUGUCAUACCCUGCAAAUUCCUUUUUCCAAUUAUAGCUUGUCAGGAAAUAUAAUUAGUGUCAAAUGGCUUUUCUUUCAUGGAUGUAAGCGCAGGAUCAUUGCUUGACAAGACUUGAAUGGACACAGAACAUUGGAGCACAUCGCAGUGAAAAAAAAAGUAAUAUGGAAAGAAAAUAAGUACAUUUAAAAUAUUUCUUUCCAAUUAUUUGAAUAUGAUGACUUACAUUUUGGGUCAUUCUUUUCACUAACCUGAAAGACAUAUUGAAAAAAAGCAUUUUUGUAAAUAUCAGCAUAUGAUGCGUUUGAGACUUUUGCAUUUUGCACCUCAAAAAGCAGCAACUAUACCCUUUUUACAUAAUUUUGUUUUCAGUAAAUAAAGACAAAAACUCUGCUGUAAAAUAUAACUAAGCUUGUCUCUUAAAGAGGAGUGCGGCAAAAGUUUUGCCGUUAUGUAUAUUAUUUCAUAUUAAGAGCCGAGGUGGGUAGUAACGCGUUACAUGUACUCCAUUACAUUUACUUGAGUAACUGUUUGAAAAAUGUACUUCUAAGAGCAGUUAUACUGAGCCAUAUUUUUUACUUGAGUAGAUUUGUGAAAAAACACUUACUUUUGAAACAGGUCUCAAAUUACUGCGGCAUUUUUUUUUAGUAAAAGACAAUAAAAAUAAAUUAUACUAAGUGAACUGACCAGGGAUUGUUGAUCCAGUCCAGCCCCAUUCUUCUGUAUAGCAGUCCUGCUGUUGCAGUCUCAAACUCUUUGUGUUCCUUCACAUGUUUCGCCUUCAAAUGUUUUAUCAGGUUCGAGGUAUUGAAACUGGCCGAUUUAAGUCCACCUCUCGAAACUUUUAGGCCGCAAAUCUCGCAUGCAACAAUUGUACUCGACGGAGUUUCUAUGCUGAACUAUUCCGAGACCGAUUACAUUUUUUGUUUAUUUUUCCUCCAUAUGAAAAAGCUGCCCCGGCAUUGGUUAAGAGCGGCUAUUGGUCUGCUCUCAUUGGUCUGGAGCAGGCCAAUAGCAAUAGCGGCUUGGCAUGCAAAGUGAUCACGUUUCAUCACACAACACAGAGUGUAGUGAGUGUCAGGAGAGAGAAGGCUGUGUUCAAGACAAGUGAUGCCAGUAAAUGGUAUCAGCGCCCUACUUGUUGGUACUCACCGAUACGACCAUUUUAGUCGGCCCCCCUGCUGAUACUGGUAUCGCUGCAACGGUACUAAUUUCACCAAUGACAUGUCACAACAAUAAUCACAUAACUACAUUACACCAAUCAGACAGAAGCUUGCAUUUGUAUGAUCACGGCAGCCUGUUCAAUCAAUUCAAUGUCCCGUCUUUAAGGCACUGUAA